GGAUUAAUCAAAUGUUGGAAGUACAAGUAAAAUACACAUUUCCUUUAUAUAGACUGAAGUUCAGACAUUCUUCCACAUGAAAUAUAAGUUCAAAUCUAAUCUGAAUAAAUAAUUCUGGGAUGUAAGCAUGAGGGCGAAGUUAUUCCGGUGGCGGUGGCGGUGGCAGUGAAUCCCAAUGACUUCAUCGCCCAAACGCCGCCCCACACACACUCUCACUUCUUCAUUUGCAUAUAAGAAACUCCAUCAAUAAAUCACUUGCAAUCUCUCGGCUCAAGCUAUAUCAUCAGCGACGACCAUACCGUAAAAGGAUGUCGGAUUGGGGUCCUAUUUUCGUCGCACUGGUUCUUUUCGUGCUGCUAACGCCGGGGCUGCUGUUUCAGGUUCCGGGCCACCAUAGGUGCGUGGAAUUCGGCAACUUUAAGACCAGUGGUGCUUCCAUUCUCAUCCUUUCGUUGCUGUAUUUUGGGUUCAUUUGCGUGUUUUUGCUGGCGAUUAAGGUUCAUUUGCAUUUGGGUUGAUGAUAAUAUUUGAUCCUAUAUGAUCUUUGUGAUCAUCAUUGGUUUUCUUUUUCCUUUCAUCUUUGAAUGUUGGGUGUUGAGCUUAAUUCCUGAAACUUAAUUUAAGCUCUUUUUGUGUUAUUUGUUGAUUUUUCUUUUAAUUUGCAAGUUAUUAUGUUCCAAAAUUAAAAUAAAAUUACUGCUUCAAUUUAA